GACUUUUGGCGGUCUAAUAAAGACAAAAUGGCUGAGUUUGGCAGCUUCCACGCUCACAGCGUCAGGAGCUGCGGUGGUCCAGAAGCUUUCGCUCAACUGGUCGCUUACUUUGAAGACGAACACCCACGUCCAGAAAGUAAUCCCCUCAAGGGUCACAAUACGAUGACAACUGAACCUCGCCCACUUGACUCAAACACGGAAGAACCGGGAAGUGACUUGUUAGACCCGAGCCAGGCUACCAACCCUCUUAUGGACAUCUCAUCAGCCAUUAGGUCAGUUGCUGCGAUGGGAAUGUGGACUUUUGGGAAAACGAGUGUUGUGCCAAAGUUGUUUUCAACUCCUGGAAAUGAAGAAUCAGAGUUGUCUUCAUUUCCGCCAGUUGAUAAGGAUACCAAAAAAGAAGAGCCUGAGCAUACAGUCGAGGAUGAAGAUGAAGAGCCCAGUGUAACUUUUCAGUCCAAGUACAUUAACAUCUUCCCCCUCUACCAGGACUACUGUGUGGAGGCGGUCCGAGGCGACCUCCAGAGACUUAACCUAAAGACCUCCUUAUCUGAGCUAAUCGCCCCCCAGUACCUGCAGGCUUUGCAGUGCCGUCUACGCCCCCUGUGUCCGCCUCAGGAGACAUCGCCCUCGCCACCAGAGCGCCCUGCGAUCCGUGUGGCCCCAUGCACCUUGUGGCAAGACCUGGAUGAGGUGAAGGCGGCUGGCCUGCUUAGCAGCCUGACUGCCCAACAGAUCAGACUUCAGGAGUCAAUGUUUGAGUUGAUCGGCUCAGAGGCUUCUUACUUGAAGAGCCUCGGCAUCGCAGUGGAUCAUUUUAGCUCAUCACAGGCCCUCAAGGACACCAUGGCACGAAUGGAGCACCAUACUUUGUUUUCCAACAUUCGUCGUGUGAAGGCCUCUAGUGAAAAGUUUCUCAUGGACCUGGAGCACCGCUUGAGCGAGAACUUGUUUAUAUCCCGGAUUGGGGAUGUUGUAAUCAAUCACUGCCCCGCCUUCCGAACACACUACGUGCCAUACAUCACUAACAUGAUGUACCAGGAGGCUCUCAUCAACCAGCUAUUGCAACAAAACCGAGGAUUUGUGUCAUCUCUCAAGCAGCUGGAAGACGAGCCGGUUUGCCAGAGGCAGAAUCUUAAAUCUUUCCUCGUCCUUCCCUUCCAAAGAAUCACUCGCAUUAAACUCAUUCUGGAGAAUAUCCUGAAAUUGAUGGAAGCAGAUUCAGAUGAAGUGUUGGAUCUUAAAAAAGCAAGGGAGGCCAUUAAUGAGAUUGUGAUCGAGUGCAAUGAUGGGGUCAAAAAAAUGAAGGUCAUUGAGCAACUGGUCUCCCUGGAGAUGAUGCUUGAUUUUGGCAAACUGAAGGCGGUUCCUCUAGUCAUAAGUGGACGUUUUUUGGUGCACCAGGGUCCAUUAAGCCUACUAACCGUUGAGUGUGGCCCCAAUCCUAAAACAUCGCUCACUGACAUCCAGCUCCAUCUCUUCAAUGACUUGUUGAUCCUGUCUUCAAAAAAGGAGGAGCGCUUCCUGGUGGAGGACCAUGCAGAGUUCCCCACAUUUGUUCACGUGGCCCCACUGAAGGCUAAAGCUCUGGGCCUACCGCCACAAUCCUUCCUGUUACAUUUUUCCCGGAGUGGAACAGGACACUCGACUGCCAUGAUACUAGUUGCGCACAGCAGGUCAGACAAGGAGCAGUGGAUGAGGGUACUCAAGUGUGGUGACUGAAACUUUUUUAAAUUUUUUUUUUUUUUUUUUUUUUUUUUUUAAAUGUAUUUCAAAAAUUGUUCACGCGCACUUUGGUGGCAAUUUAACACUAAUAACAAUCACAACUAAAGUUCAAUUUUAAAUCUCACCUUUUUCUACACACACAUAGGUGAUUUGAUCAAGUAAAAGUUCACUUUAAUUUAGGAGAAAGAUGGCAAUUGUUUUAAAUUAAUGCUUUUAAUGUGAAUGGUUCAGAUUGGUGAUGAAUAAAAAUGGCAAUACCUCAAUACUUUUAAUUUGAACUCUACGAAAGUCACCGAGCAGACUGGGUGGUCCUGAUGCACUUGGCUCAUUAUGUCAUGGUGGAAGAAAACGCACUUGGCUCAUUGUUAUGUCAUGGUGGAAGAAAACUGCUUGCUCAAAAACAAAUUCUCAGGAAUAGGCACGUAAAAUAUACAGUAUAUUAGGUGGUUUAAUUUCACAUUUUAAUGGGUGGGCAGGGGUUCCGCCUGUUUAA